AUGAAGUCGGCAGUAUUCUUCCUCUCCUGGAUAGCAGGCGCCCUGGGCGCCGCCGCCGUAGCAGACAGCCUGCGGGUGCCCGAGAGCGCCGCCAUCGCAGUUACCACCGCCGCCCCGACCCUAGAAAUCGACCGCGCCGGCCUCAAGGCGCUGCCGCAGCAGCCCGUCGGCCUGGACGCGAAGAGCAUCGCGGGGCGGCGCCGCGCGCUGCGGCAGCUCCGGGGGCUGGAGAGCCCGCCGAGCGUGAGCGACUUUUACGAGUGUCGAUCCUCGACUCCAGCGCCCACGGCGGCCGACUGCGGCCGCGUCGUCGACGAGGUGUACGGGCUGGGGGGGCAGGCGCUCAUCGUGGCGCCGAAGGCGUGCCUCGUGUUCCAGUACGGGACGUGCUGGGGCUUCUUCUGCGCGCUGUGCGACGGCCGCCCGCUCAACACCGACACCGACUUCGUCGCCGCCCAGCUCGGCGUCGCCCAGGCCCUCUGCGUCGCCGGCACCAGCAACCAGGUCGGCACCGUCGUCGGCGACGGCGCCCCCCAGUGGCAGGCCGGCUUCGUCUACCGCGGCAGCGGCCUCCCCGACUACUACGACGUCUGCUAA